GAUAGUGUAGGUUUACACCGAAGAUUAUGAUACCGAACCAAUAGUUCCACCCCCAAAAUCUUAAAACUAGGUCGUGUAAUACAAGACUUAUAGAUUGAUCUUAAUAUUUUACAAUAUAAUUGAUUGCGUGUAGUAACCUAUGCAAUCAAUCAUAAAAAAAACAAUCAACCCGACAAUCAUUUGACAGCUCUUUGUAACACUAGCCCUGAUCUCUAACUGUCAACGUUCCUUGCAUUUGAGAAUGGGGUCUAUUUUACAAUUUUCAGCAUUUCUACAUGUUACAAUUACUCUAUUCUCGUGUGUCUCUGGUCAAGCUGUUGGUAACCCAGUAAUCACUCUUAAUGGAGGGGGUAAGUUAGAAGGGAUCACCAUACCAUACAGUGAAUCACAAUUUUUAAACUUGAGUAAAUCGAUCGAUGCUUUCCUUGGGGUGCCGUUCGCUCACCCUCCUGUCGGAGAUCGCCGGUUCGCCAAUCCGGUACCAAUCGACAUCCAGGGCACCUAUAAUGCGACUUAUAGCAGGGCAGAGUGUCCUCAACUAACUCCUUUGACUGAUCUACCUGGAAUUGAGAUAGGUCGAGAAGUUAAUGAAGAUUGCCUCUAUUUGAGCAUCUACACACCAUCCCCGAAGCCGACAUCCUUGGCUCCUGUGUUUGUAUGGAUACAUGGAGGUGGCUACAUGAUCGGGGGUGGAUCUGAACUUAUUUAUCAGCCUCUACCUAUGGUCGCACUCUCAAAUAUUAUCGUUGUCAAUGUCAAUUAUAGACUGGGAGCAUUCGGCUAUUUUACAUCAGGUGAUGAUGUGGCUAAAGGGAAUUAUGGGAUGUUGGAUCAGGUUAUGGCUCUUCAGUGGGUUCAAGAUAACAUAGAAGCUUUCGGUGGAGACCCCAGGAGGGUAACGAUAGGAGGAGAAAGUGCUGGUGGAUCUAGCGUCAACCUACUGUCCUUAUCAACUCUUACUGAUGGCCUUUUCCAACAGACAAUAAUGCAGAGUGGCAACGCACUUUGCCCUUGGUCUUGGACGACAAAUGAACAUGGAGCAAGAGCAGGUCGAGAACUCGCCAUGUCUCUAGGGUGUCCGACUGAGGACAGUUCAACAAUGGUUGCUUGCUUGAGAGAAGUACCUCAACGAAACCUUACCCAAGCUAUGGUUACCAUCUCAUCAGCGCUUUCUUCGCCUGUAGUCGAUGGUUACUUUCUAUCGGACACUCCCUUGGAGUUGAUCAACCGUCGUCAGUUUAAAGUACAACCAACCCUGAUGGGUACAAACGAGGAUGAGGGUGCAGGUGGCGCCUUGAGUCUGUUUCCUGGCACAGCUCGUUCAGAAACGCCCCCUCUCAUGAACAUCUCAUUCUUUAGAAGCCUUAUACAAUCUCAGACGUACAACGACGCAACCGACAUUGAACUUGCUGCCAUUGAGAACGAGUACGUUGAUUGGUCCGUGGCCGAUGAUCCAAACGGAAAUCAAAUCGAUGGGUUCAUACGACUAAGUACCGAUAUUGACUUUGCCUGUCCAACGGAGUAUUUGGCCCGAGCAUUAGAAUCAUCCGGGGCUGAUGUUUAUCGAUACGAGAUGACACACGACCCAUCAUGGUCGGUAUAUGCAGGUAUUCCAAAGUGGUUGGGGGCAGCACACGCAGAGGAUCUUCAAUACGUCUUCACAUGGGGUUUGAAUCCUGCACCUAUCGCCCAAAUCGUUGGUCAAUCAGACGAAGAAAAGGCAUUGUCCGUUCAAUUUGUUCGUUACUGGGCAAACUUUGUGAUAUCAGGGAACCCUAAUGGACCAUUAGACACUGGAGACUACCCAGAAUGGCCAAGGUAUACGAUGCCUGGUCAAGAAUACAAGAAGUUAUCUUUGGAUAUGGCAAAUGACCGUGCAAUGAGAGCAUCGCAGUGUUCGCUAUGGAGGAACUUUCUUCCAGGUCUCAGAAUCCAAGCAGAUCCUGUUGAUGAUAUCUACGAAGAUUGGCAGGACCAGUUUGAAAGAUGGAAGACUACUGAUCUACCAUCCUGGACGAUUGAGUUUGAAAAUUAUAAACAAAGUAAUUCUUGCAACACAGAAGUGCCAUAAAAUAUCGUCCAUAAACUAUUUGAUGAAACCAACAAUAAAAUACUAGUAAAUGAAAUUCAGAUUCGGUUAUUGCUUUCAUUUGUAAUACAUUUUCAUGUUAUUUUUUGUAAACAUUUAGAUAAUCAGCAUCUAUUUAGGUCAGCACUGAGGCAAUCGUCGUUAUGUUUAAAUAAUUAUUAUUGUAGUAAUUAUGUACAUUGAAAUAUAAUUCUGAUUUUCAGAGAGAAGACAGGCAGUGAUGACACUUCUGUUCAUAAUUCAAAAUUAUUUGUGAUAGUUCUCAUUAUGAUCAGUACUUAACUUCGACUUUCGUGAUUCA